AUAAACUAAUAGCUACUUGUUCAAGCAAUAUGUUUUUUAUAAAUACAUAUUGAUAUGAUAUUGUUUGUGUUCAAGUUUAAGCUACUUGAAAAACGAACAAAUCUGAAACAAUAACAAAUUACUAAUAUAUGCAAACACCAUCAUGAUAUGUUAGUUGUAAGAUAUGAGGGUAAUCAGAAAAGUUUAAUCUAUUUCUGAGUCACCAAAAGGUAUGUAGAGGUAAAAAUUUAUAUAUUUAUAUUUCAUUAGGUUAUAUCAUUAUUAAUAAGUCAUAUAAGUUUUUUUGGUAAAAAGAUUUGUUCAAUGUUUCAUAGUUAUUAAUAUAACAAAUUUUAUAGUAAUAUAAUUACAUAAUAUAUAUAAUUAAUGUUAUUUAAGUAAUGUAAUUACUUUCUUUUUAAGCAUCUCUACGUGUGAUUACAAUGCAUACUGUGUUAAUAGCAGAAAUCAUAGGUUUAAAUCUUAUACCUGGAAAAAAACUGUGUCCAACCUGUCGAAGUAAAGCUAUGACAUGUUUAUCAAAAAGUAUAAGUGAAAAUAAAAAUGAUGAAGAUUUCGAUAUUGUUAAUAAAAGAUCCAUUUAAAAUAAAAAAGAAAGUGUAGAUACACACUUUGCAUCUGCCGGAGUAUCUCCAAUUAGAGUCAAAGGAUUGCAUAAGUCAGGUAAAAUCAGAGAAGGUAAACGAAAAGUGAUAACAUUAACAACCUCCAUUAAAAAAAAGGUAGCCAUUUCCCUUAAUAUAUCAGAAGAAAGUUUUGAAGAACAGUCAAAUUUUAAUAAUGAGUAUAUGGAAAAAGCAAACUUGUUUGAUAACAUGAUGGUAUUGUUAACUAACAAAAUUGCAGAGUCUACAUCAACAUCAAAAAAGUACAACUUGCGACACUUGCUCCAACAGACUGGUCAAUCAAAAAGUUAUCUGAAACAUUGCAUGUAACAAACUUUGUAGCUUGAACUGCACGUAAGUUAACAUUAGAAAAAGGUAUUUUAACCAUGCCUAAUCUUAAAUUAGGAAAAGCUCUUCCUGAUGUAACAUUUCAACUGGUCAAGACCUUUUACGAAGACGAUAAACAUAGCCGUAUAAUGCCUGGUAAAAAGGACCAUGUGAGCAUAAAGAAAAAUGUCUACAUGCAAAAACGUAUGUAAUUUAAUAUCUUAUGUAAUUUAAAGAAAUUGUUUGUUGCCUUUAAAAUCAAGAACCCAGAAAUAAAAAUUUUCAAGGUUUUGCACCUUGCGACCUAAAUGGUGUAUUACUGUUGGUGCCUCAGGAACACAUUCUGUAUGCGUCUGUGCUAUUCAUCAGAAUUUGAAACUGCUUUAACAUCCUCUUGGUAUGACAUACAAAAAAUUGUUACCUUAUAUUGUCUGUGAUAUAACUAAUAAAGACUGUAUGAUGAGGAAAUGUGAAAAAUGCCCAGCAACUAUGAAUGCAUUGGUUGAAAAACUUUAUGAUAUACUUGGAGAAUUUGAAGAUGAUGAUGAGAUUGAAUUUGAUCAAUGGACAACAACAGAUAGGUCAAACUUGACAUAAUAAAGAGCCAGUGUUUGAAUACGUUGAACUAGUAUGUAGAAAACUGGAAAAACUUGCACCACAUUCGUAUUUAGCAAAGAGUCAAGCAUUAUACCUGAAAUCAAGAAAGGAAGAUAUGAAUGAGGUAACAGCAUUAUUUCUGGGUGAUUUUUCAGAAAACUAUAAAUUUGUAGUUCAGGAUGAAGCGCAAAGCUUUCAUUGGACAAAUUUACAAUGUACACUUCAUCCAGUGAUUAUUUAUUUCAAAAAAGGAGGCAUUCUCAAGCACAAAUCCUGUUGUAUUAUUUUGGAUGAUAUGAUCCAUGAUGUGAACAUGGUUUAUAAAAUUAUUGAGGUUGUUUGCAAUGAUAUAAAAACAAAUUUGCCUCAAAUAAAAAAUAUUGAAUACUUUUCAGAUGAGUGUGCAGGUCAAUAAAAGAAUUGCAAAAAUAUGUUAAAUCUUUGUUUCCAUUGUGAAGAUUUUGGUUUUACUGCUAAAUGGAACUUUUUUGCAACUAGUCACGGUAAGCAACCUUGUAAUGAGAGGUGGUACAGUCAAAUUUCUGGCAACACUAGCAAGUUUGCAAAGAGAUAUGGAUAAUCAUUUUUUAUCUCCACAAACAAUGUAUAAAUAUUGCAAUGAAAACAUUGAAGGCAUAAAUUUCAUAUAUAUUUCAUCAGAAGAUUUAACUUUGGUGAGAACCGCUCUCAAUGAACGAUUGGAUACUGCUAACACAAUACCUGGAACACGUAGUUACCAUCAGUUUGUACCACUUGGCCAUCAAAAGAUGGGCACUACGCUAUGCAGUGUUGAUGAAGAAUUUGAUUUAAUUCAUGACUUUGGAAAUAUUCAGAUAACAACUGUAAACCUAGUACCAGGUGAUUAUGCCUGUGUUUCCUAUGAGCAAAAGUGGUGAAUAGGAGUCAUUGAAAAUAUUAAUUUAGAAGAAAAAGAUGUGCUUGUAAAAUUUAUGUGUCCUAAUGGUCCUGCACGGUCGUUUAAAUGGCCACCAAAGGAAAGCCAAUGCUGGAUUCCUGAUGUCCACAUUAUUUGCAAAGUUGAGGUACCGAUAACAAAAACAGGACUUUGCUACUAAUUAGCCAAGGAGGACUUAAAAAAAAUUAUUUUCCUAAGGAAGUAGAGAUUUUUAUAUUUAUGAGUCUAUUAUGUUUUAUCCAUUCUUUUUUUAAAUAUUGUGUUUUGUGAACCAACUUUACGUGAAUGUAAAGCAUAUAUAAAAUCACUAAAGUUUAGUAUUUAAAAAAAAAAAAUUAUAUACGUUUAAA